AUGGAAGAGAAGAACGAUACCAUGAUUUCUGUCAGGAAAUACACAUCGCGGCUUUCCAAGGCCAUGCGCAUGUGCGGACCGUCUACAGGAGGUCGUUUCGGGAGGAAAAAGCUCCGCGGAUCGAACAUCUCUGCUCCUUCCAACUUUCGCAAGGAAACAACCUGCAUCCCGGGUCUCAGUAACGACGAACUAGUGUCACUCAGAGAACUCGCCUACGAGAAAGCCCUUGCCUCCCAGAUCGGCAUCAUGGACUUUGACAGCAUACCGCCUCGCCGUCUGCCACCUGCGAUCCCUGCCCGGCCCAUGGGCGGCCCAAUGUCGUCAAAUCCAGUCCUCGUCAUCAGGAAUGACGAGCCAAAAGAAAAGAAGAAGCCUGGGCUUUGGACAGGGAAGCACUGA